AGUGAAUUGUAAUUGUAAAUGUAUAUAUACCGCCUUGAAUGCUUUUCAGGACACUGUCAUAUCUUUACAAGCUUUGUCUGAAUUUUCGGCACGUUAUGCGAGCGGACCGUCUCAAAACUAUGGUGUACAAUUCAAUGCAUUUGGCAUCAAUUUUGCUCAUUCGUACUCGACAACGACAAGUACCUACGAUGUAGUUCAUUCAAAAGAGAUGCCGUCUACUUUACCAAAUGUUAUAUUGCAAGCAAUUGGAGAGGGGAUAGCAGUAUUAGAUAUUUCGAUGUCUUACUACAUAUCUGGAAAUAGACCUGACAACUACAUUGCAGUGUCAGUAGCAAUAAUAAAGGAAACACUUAAUUCUGUUACGGUUAAACCUUGUAUAAGCUGGACAGGACCUGCAACAAGCGGUAUGCUAGUCGCAGAAGUGGAAAUGCCUACUGGAUUCCGACCAGAUAAUGACGCACUCAAAGUACAGAAACUGAUUAAAAGGCACGAGACAAACGGGCGAAAUAUCGCACUCUACUUUGACGGCAUCAACCGCAAUGGGCGUACCUGUGUAGAGGUAAAAAUGGAAAGAGCUGACCCAGUUGUGAAGAGUCAAGCCUGCCACGUGACAGCUUAUGACUACUACGAACCGACACACCAAGCCAUGGAGAGGUACGAAUUUGGUCUUUUGAAGAACGCAACUAUCUGUUCUGUGUGUCCACUCUGCCAGUUUUGCACCGGGACAACCGGAGUUGGACAGAUUGGUGUUGGAAAGUAAGCCUCAAGUAGAUGUUGGACCUUACAGUUUCAUGAAAAUUUGUUCUUU